UUUUUAAUUGCUUCUCAUUUAUUUUCUGGUGAACUGAAAGCUUCAGCAUGAUUUAAUGGCACCCAUACGGCACCCAAUAAAAGAGGCCUUGUCAUUCUCGAUAUUGAUUCCUGCUGGUACCAUGUCUUCUAAAGAAAUAAGUGCGUGCAAAGAAAACAGUGGGUGGGUAUGUUCGUUCUAUCAGAUCGGAUACAAUUCGUCAUACUGGCAUUCUAAUAUAAGAUGCAGGAAACAAUUAAAUGAUGGUGAAACAGAACAUUUCCCUGGUGGUCAUAUUGGCUGAGCUACUUUUAGCGGUAGCCUCGAAUGGGGUUUGCUCACCGGGGAGUUGCCAGGCUCACGACAUUUGUGCCAAAGAUAGUGACUGUGCAGCUGAUCUUAAAUGCACGAAUUGCAGUUCUGCGGAUGACAUGAAUUACAGAUGCACCAGGUUUAGUGUCACUGAUCCUGUUUCUCAAGUAGGCGAUCUGCCCUUCAACAGAUAUUCAUGGCUUACAACCCACAACUCCUUUGCAAUUGUUGGAGAGAAAUCCUACACGGGCACCGAACGGAUAACAUUCUGUAACCAAGAGGAUAGUGUGACCAAUCAGCUGAAUAAUGGUGUGAGAGGACUUAUGUUGGACAUGUACGAUUUCGAGAAUGAUGUUUGGCUUUGCCACUCUAAUGGUACCUGCUUCAACGUUACAGCUUUUAUGCCUGCCAUCAUUACAUUGAAAGAGAUUGCGGCAUUCCUGGCAGCCAAUCCAUCUGAAAUCAUCACAAUCUUCAUUGAAGACUAUGUCAAAGCCCCCAAAGGCCUAACCAAAGUCUUCACUGCUGCUGGACUGAUGAAAUACUGGUUUCCAGUCUCAAGAAUGCCCCAAAAUGGCGAGGAUUGGCCCACUGUAAAUGACAUGAUCAGCAAAAACCAGCGCCUCAUUGUCUUCACCUCUCAGUCAUCUAAAGAGGCCUCUGAAGGAAUUGCUUACGAGUGGAAAUAUGUGGUUGAGAAUCAAUAUGGUGAUGAAGGUUUGCUAAAUGGAAGCUGUGUGAAUCGGGCCGAAUCGAAAAACUUGACUUCUAAAAGCCAGUCGCUUUUCUUGGAGAAUUUCUUCCCUACUAUUCCCAGCAUACCAGAGACCUGCAGCGUCAAUUCUGACCGGUUAUCAAACAUGCUUAAUGUGUGUUAUGAGAAAGCAGGCAAAAGAUGGGCUAAUUUUCUAGCAGUGAAUUUCUACAAGAGAAGCUAUGGGGGAGGUGCAUUUCAAGCUGUUGAUAAGCUGAAUGGACAACUCAUCUGUGGCCGCAAUGAUAUUACAGAAUGCCAGGCAAAUGUUACUUCUGGAGUGUGUAAUAACAGAUAUAAUACAAAAGUGAGCCCAAUGGGCAGUGCCUCCACUUAACUUGUAACAGACACCUCUGCAACCCCUCUUCUGUUGGAUGUUCCAUUUUCCUUCCGAUGCUGCUUUUGUUGCCACACCUCAUGAGUCUUUCUUAUUCUUCCAUGAAUAAAGCUCUUGGAAAUUGAAUUUGUAUGUAAUUCUAAUCCCAGAAUGAUUUCCAGCACUUUAUGGCUUGUAGUGCACAUUAGUAGGUUGUAUACAGGCAAACUUUUUGUAGAUUAUAGUUGUCUAUAUCUACCUUACGAUGUUUCCUUCGUUAACCAUUUCCUGUAUUAGCAUUUGAAGGGCAACUUUGCAUCGAUAACAGUCAUGGAAUUCAGCCCAGUGUUCUAUCUGAACCAGAGCAUUCAACUAUUCAACCCUGGUUGCUAGGGGGUCCUUCAAAAUAAUUGGUUAUUUUGUAGUUAUAAGGAAGUAAAAUUAGCUAAGGGUAAACUUUAUUCAAUGUCAAUCUAAAAGGCCAAGCUUUCAAGAUAUUAGUGUACAUUGAAGUUGGGCAUUAUGAUAGAAAUUGGAUGGAUCAUGUUAUGGA